UUAUGGGUUGAUUUGUAAAAGUGGGAUACCUGCAUCGUUCGUUCAAUUAAUUGAGCAAUUACGAGUUAAUUCACCUGGCAAAGUAGUGGGAACAUUAAUACGAGAUAGUUCGUCUAUAGUUUGCAAGCAUCGACAUGGCUAUGAAAAAUUGGUGUGAAAAGAUUCCGAACCCUGUUUAUGAAAACGGAGUUUGGAGAGGAACGAAAAUUGAUUUGCCAGAGGGAUACUUUAAAAUCGGGGAGAGAGUUCGUAGUCAAUUUGAAAAAUAUCCAGAUUUCGUAGGACAGAUUGACGGUGCAACGGGAAAAAAAGACACGUUUAAAUGUAUGGGCGCAAGAACUACACAGUGCGCGUUAUGGCUUAAAAAACAAGGCGUCAGUCGUGGAGAUGUCGUUGGUCUGUGUUCAAAAAAUCAUUUGGACAGUUGCAUACCGCUUUUAGCUUCUUUCUAUUUAGGAGCUAUUUUUAACCCCUGGUGGGACAGUUGUUUAGAUGAAGAACUAGUGACGUAUUUUAUAAACACAACAAAGCCAAAAGUGUUGUUUGUUGACGAGGACACCGCGGAAAUAAUUAUCAAGGCAAUGACUAAAAUUGAUUAUUCAUUGCCUGUAGUAAUUUUCGGUAAAAAAACUGGUCUGCUAUCUUUCAAAGACAUUUUGCAGACUCAAAAUGACGAUGAAGUUAGCAAAUUUAAAUGUACGGAAGUAGAAGCUGAAGACCCCGCGUUAAUAAUAUGCACUUCAGGAACAACAAGCUGUCCAAAGGGAGCUUUACAUUCUUACCGAUCAUGUGUUCAUAUGAUCGGCCAUUACCCAACUGACACCACAUCACAAACUAUUCUAUGGUUUUCUAGCCUCUGCUGGAUAUCUGGAGUAUUGACAACCAUAAGAUCAAUUAUAUACAAAGCCACGAUGAUUGUUUCUUAUUAUUUAAGCGAAGAAGAGGCUUGCAGAUACAUAGAAAAAUAUAAGAUUACUCGACUAACCUUGGGUUCAAGUGUAGCGAACCGACUUAGUAAAACAGAGCAAGUAUGGAAGUAUGAUGUGUCAUCAAUUACUUUGGUGCUUUGCGGCGGAGGGAUCCUUAAAAGUGAGGUCGUAGAAUUUCUACGUACUCUAUUUAGGAAUGCAGCUAUUUACACCGUUUAUGGUAGCACUGAGUGUGGAAUAGUCGUGGUUGGGAAAGUCGAGUCGAGUAAAUUAACUUCAUGUGGUAAAAUACUUGCUAACAUAGAAAUCAAAGUUGUUGACCCUGAUACUAGUAAAAUUCUUGGACCAAAUGAAAAUGGAGAGUUGCUGUGUCGAAGUCAAACGUUGAUGACUCGUUACUGGAAUAAUCCAGCAGCAACUGAAGAAGCUAUCGACUCAGAAGGAUGGUACCACACUGGAGACCUGGGGUAUUAUGACAACAGUGGUAACAUUUUCAUUGUCGAAAGAAUUAAAGAGUUGAUAAAAUGCCGCCGUUAUCAUAUACCGCCAGCAGCCAUCGAAAGUGUAAUUCAAGAUCUUCCGGGAGUUGCGGAAGUAGCAGUUGUUGCUAAACCAAGUUUUGAAAAUCUAGAAGUUCCAAUGGCUUUUGUUACCAAAGUGCCCGGAAUGCAAAUUACCGAGGCUGAAAUUAAUGAAGCCAUAGAAAAAAAACUUCACGACAGAAUGAAACUUCGAGGUGGGAUUUGUUUUUUGGAAAAAAUGCCCUAUACCAAUUCGAAAAAAAUAUCUAAAAAAGAACUCCGUGCCAUGGCAAGAGCUUUAGCAGAAAAUAAACAAUAAUUUAUCGUAGAAAAAAUUUUUGAAUGUCGUAUUUACCUAGAAAAUUUAUAUAAAUUUUGA